CUUCUUGCGGCCGGCGUUAUGCUGCUGCACUCGCCGAGAAGGGUUUACGGUGAAGCCCACGUAGACGCGGCCCCUGUAUUUGGGGUUGAGACAGUAGAGGAGGGCGGAAAUGACCGGUGCAGGACUGAGAAGACAAAGCGUGAAGGAUAGCUUAAGGGCGGAAAUUGUUCGUCGGAAGGCAUCUCCCGGAAGUGGCGACAGUGCGGGCGGAAGAGGCCCCGGCUCAGGGUCCUGGGACCGGCCUGGGACUGGACAGCCGCGAUGGAGCUGAGCGCUGAAUCCCUCCGGGAGAAGCUACUGCGGGAGUUGGAAGCGGACCACGUGGAGGUGGAGGACACGACUCCCUCCCGCUGCGCGUCUAGUUUCCGAGUGCUCGUGGUCUCCUCCAAGUUCCAGGGAAAGCCGCUGCUGCAGAGACACAGGCUGGUGAACUCGUGUCUGGCCGCAGAGCUGCCCCACAUCCACGCGUUCGAGCAGAAGACCCUGACCCCGGAGCAGUGGGACAAGGAGCGGCUCAAACCACUGGGAGGGAAUUACCUCCAGCCCCAGCUCCUUAUUGGUUGGUUUCCUCGUUCCUAACCCCUCGCCAGGGGUUUCCCAGCUUCUAGGAGGCAGAAGACUCUGGAGGGAAGUUCCUUGUACUCCUGAAAUCAUAUGGUUGGUUUCUUAAUGUGGUGACGGUUCUGAGAAGUAAGAAGUGGCCUGGAAAUUCUCCUUUGGAGCCUGGAGAGAUGGGACAACCGGGCUUUUUUUAAUGCAAUGACUUCGAACUGUGCGUAACAUGUCAGAAUUGAAAGCCAUGAUAGAAACACUAAGCUCUAUUUAAAGAGGAAAUGGACCUGGAGAGAGGAAAUAAUUUUGGGGGGUGGGGUAGGAAGGGAGUAUCAUGAAUCAGGUUAAUAAAACUAGGAAGAGUACAGUGGGUAGAACUGGCCCUGAAGUCAGGAGCACCUAAAUUCAAAUGUGGCCUCAGACACUUAAUCCUUUCUAGCUGUGUGACCCUGGGCAAGUCACUUAACCCCACUUGCCUCAGAAAAAAAAAUGGAGCCAUGAAGGAGGACCCAGGUCUCCUGACUCAGCACAGACUUUCCGUUGCCCCCAAUACUGCCAUCUGAAAAAGGAAGUUCCUGCUAAGUUCUACUUAUCCAGGUAUCAUCCUGCUAUUCCGUGGGCACCUUCUUAGGUGCUAAAGCAUUCCCAGUCCCACAAGUUUCAUUAGCAUAUGAUAGGAAAAAGUAUUCCCCCUAAAUACUCCAGUCCUUGUGUCAGUAAUAACAAGCAGGCUUGUCUCCUCCCUCUCCCCCCAAGAGAAAGUAGACCACUUUGCUGUGUUGGUUAGUUUUGCUGAACUGCUUUUUUCUCUUCCUCACCCUUCCCUCACCUUUUUUUAAUCUUUGGAAACGAAAGUAAUGUAAAAAUAAAAGAUAAUAGUUAAACUAAGAUUGAAAAGAGAAGAUUUUCUGAAUGAUCUGGGGACAAGGAAAGCUCUUGAUAGAACCAGCGAGCUAUGUGGUAUGGGGCACUGGAGUUCAAGUCAGAAAGACCUGGCUUCCUGGGCAGAUCAUUUGACCUCCCCUUACUGUCAGUGGCUGUAAAAUGGGGUUGAUAGUACCUCGGAAAAGUGGUUGUGAGGAUCAAAUGAAGUAAUAUAUAAAAUAUUUUGUAACUUAGAAAGUUUUAUAAAUAUUAACUGUUAUUACCACUUGGAUUUUUAAAACAGCCUGUGGAUAUAGCAAUCCACUACCCAUGCUCUUUCUAGCUGGAAAACAGUAUACUGUGUAUCACCAAGUUUAGAAAUAGAUUUUGGGGUACCAGGAGAAAGGUACUUUAGAGGUUAUCUAGUGCAUUAUAUAGAGAAGGAAACUGAAGGCAUGAUGAAAGUAUGAACUACCUGAAGUCACAUGCUGAUGCAGCACCACACUUCAUACUCAAGUUCUCUUGAUUUGAGACCCACUGUGCUUUCUACCGGGCCCCAUGUUAUUGCCAACUGAUUGAUAGUAAUAGAAAUAGAACAAACUAAGUAUUUGGUUGCUGUGUGCCAGGUCCUGGGAACAGCUGUGGUAUGAGCUGAUCCAUUUUUCUAGAGAUUUGAGAUGAGUCCCUAACAGGACUCUUAGUAUGUUACCUUAUGCCAAAAGUUUUCAAGUACCCAGUGUUAAUUGAAUGUAAGACUAAUUGUUUGAUAGCCCAGAGCUCAUAUACCCCAACAUAUUUUUCAACACAGUCCUUUUGGGAGUUAAUACACAUUCUUAGCCUGCUAGAAUGCCAGAAAAAUUGAAGUCCUCUAAUCCAAAUGCCAUUUUACAAGCAGUGUUUCUCAAAAUCAUGUGUGUGUGUGUGUGUAGACAUAAGCCAUUCACCUUGAUUUUGAUUCCUGGAGAAAUUCUAAAAUUAAUUAUUAAAGGGAUAGUUAGUGAAUAUCUAAAAAAAGAAAAUUUAUCACAAGGAACCAGCAUGGCUCGUCCAUGCCAGACUAACCUUAUUUCCUGUUUUGUCAAGCUUACUAGACUGAUAGGUCACAGAAAUGCUGUGGAUAGUUUACCUAAGUCUUAACAAAGCAUUUUAAAAGUCUCCCAUGAGACAUCUUAUGGACAAGUUGUAGAAAAAUGGGCUAGUCAAAAGCAAGAGUUCAACUUGGAUGGUAAAGGCUCUGGAAUCCAUGCUCUGAGAAUAUAAAGGAAAUUAAGAUAUCCUGUCUGAGAAAGAGAGGGUGUUGGGGAGGGGGAUAGGAGAUGAGGAUAGGUAGAUGUCUUCAAGUAUUUGAAGUAAUGUUAAGGAAGUCUUAUCAGAUUUGUUCUUGGCCCUAGAGGCCUGUUGUAGAGAGGUAUGUUUAGGCUUGAGGUCAGAACAAAUUUCUUAACAUUUAGGACUAUUCAGAAGUGGAAUGGACUGCCUUAGGAGGUAGUGCUUCCCUUCUAGAGGUCCUCAUACAAAGACUAGGUGGUCAUUUGUCAGUUUGUGUUAUAGAGCAGAUUCCUGUCUGGUAGAGGCUGUGCUAGAUGGGCUUAAGACCCCUUCAAACCUUUGAUAUUCUGUGAUUUUGCGAACUUCUCUUAGGAAACUGCUGUGAUUUUUAUAUUCCACAGAAGGAAACCCAUCUUGGUACUUUAUUUAUCACUGCUUUUCAUUUCUGAAUCAAAAUGGAAUUCCUUCAACCUCCUGCCCACCUUCCAAACCCAAGAUCUACCUCCACUGAAAAGAGCCACAAGAAUAUUCUUGGGGCUCCAAAGGUAGUCCUCAAGAAGAAUUUUCAUAAACGCCUUAUGCAGUAGUGUAAUUAGAAUAGGUAUAUGACCUCUUAGAGUGACCACUUUGAAAGUCACCGAAGUCAGAAAAAGGGGUAUUUGUUAACUAGAGAGCUGGAGGUGGGUGCUAUAUAGAAUCAGGGAGUGGGUGAAGGAGGUUUAGUUUUACAUCGGCCCUCAAAUGAGUUGAUCCUGAUUGCAUGGUGUGGCUGAAAAGUUUUGAGUUUUAAGGAUCAGGACAUCUGGCUUCUACCCUGCCUCUGCUACUAAUUAAUGUGAACAUAAAUUACAUUGCUUUCCCUCUCUGAUUUUUACCUGUUCCAUCUCUAAGGAAUGGGGCCAGAUUUUAUUUCAGUCCUGCUUCUCCUUAUGACAUUUUAAGACUGCACAAUUA